UCUCGUGUUUGCAGACGUGACUUUGCUCCAUCUGAUAUCACACCUGAGCAUGUUUCUCACGCGAACGGCUCUAUAAGAGCUGCGGACGGCCCGGGCGGGUCUGCAGGGCGCGCAGACCGGCGGACACACAGCAUGGUUUUGGCCCUGAUUUGUCUCCAUAGUGAGCAAGAUGAAGUGAGCGCAGCCAUCCAGCUGUGGCUGUCACAUGGAGCAGAUCGGCUGCUCAGUGAGCUCAGCUCAGAAGACGGUCCUGAUCGUGUACGCCCACCAGAGUCAACAUUCGUUUAACGCGGCGGUGCGCGAUGUGGCUACGCAGGAGCUGGUGGAGCAGGGCUACAGGGUCAUCGUGUCCGACCUGUACGCCAUGAACUUCAGAGCCGCCGCCACGCCGGACGACAUCACCGGUGACCCGAAGAAUCCAGAACUUUUCCAGUAUGGCGAGGAGACCAUGCACGCCUGGAUGGAGGGCCGCCUCAGCGAUGACAUCACGGCUGAGCAGCGCAAAGUAGAGGAGGCCGAGCUCAUCAUCUUCCAGUUCCCGCUGUACUGGUUCAGUGUGCCGGCCAUCAUGAAGGGCUGGAUGGACCGAGUGCUCGUGCAGGGCUUCGCUUUCUCCCUGCAGAAACUGUACAAUAACGGAAUAUUCAAGGACAAGAAGGCAAUGUUGUCCUUCACCACUGGAGCUACGCAGACGAUGUUCAGGCCUGAUGGUAUCAACGGAGACAUCAACAUCACACUGUGGCCCCUGCAGAACGGCAUCCUGCACUUCUGUGGGUUCCAGGUUCUGGCUCCUCAGAUAUUCUGGAGUCCGGCUCACUGUCCCCCCGCCGUGCGAACCGCGAUGCUGGACGGCUGGCGAGCUCGGCUGAAAGGACUGCUGGCUGAAAAGCCUUUGACCUUUGCCCCCUGCGAGCUGUUUGACCUCAGCUUUCAGGGGGGCUUCUUGCUGAGGCCUGAGGUGAGGGAGGAGCGAGAGUCGCAGCCCCACGGCCUCACCACAGGACACCACCUGGGGAAGCCGCUGCCACCUGACAACCAGAUCAAAGCUCAGCCCACUGAAUGUGAUGCCAAAGCAGACGGCAGGAACUAAGACGGUCUCUUCAGUCACGUCCUCUAAACCCCUCAGAGGUGUUAGGAGAUCGCUUUGGGGAUUUUACAAAUGCUUUAUGUUUACUGAAGCUGAAAUAAAAGCAGUUUUAGGCAACAAUGA